AACGUACAAAAUCAGCAGGGGAUCAAAUACUUUUUUUCCCUCACUGUAUAUCCACUGCUGAUCUUGCUGCUGUUGCUACUGCUGCAGCACUGUGGGCAGGAGAUGGUUAACAAAUACAUCACCAACGUAACAGCACCAGCCAAUCAGUGUCGUCUCCAUGCCAACAGGUUGGGAUCGGGAGAGGCAAAGGAGGUCAAGCUGCAGCCUGAUUGGCCGAACGUGCGUCACAUGACCCGAAUCAAUGGAGUAGGAAUUUACCUUAAUUGGAUACAUUUUGUUGGUCGUUAUGCAGAGAGAAUGUAUAUUAAUAAUACUACUACAGUACUGGGAUAGCUUACUCAGUAUAUAUAUCAAGCUGGCUUCUGGUGGCAAGAUAAGUAGCUCGUUAUCUGGUCAAGCUGACUUUGGCUCAUCGUCAUCAUCAUUGAUGUUAUAAUUUCUCUGGGGUUGUAAAAUCAGUAUAACAUCAUCCUGUUUUUUUUAGGGUAGCUGAUGUCCUGGGAAAUAUUGUACGUCUUCCCAGGACAUUAAUAGUCCUGGUUUUUGUCAGUUGCGUAAUAAUGAUGAUGAACCACCCGCAAUGUAUUGGCGUGUCGUCCUCCCUUUGCCUGGUAUUGAGAAAUAUUUUCCUUCCCAUGAAAUGUCCUUGGUUUUGUUCUACCUUUGAGGUGGCAACCUUUGCCUACUGGUGAGGCCUUGCCACGGAAAAAUAUGAGGGAAUUAAUUGGCGGUUUGCGUAAGGAGAGACACUAGGCCCGGUCAUGGAAACGUGGGAUUUACACCAAGGCCCAAAGUGGAUAAGUCAAUGAGGAGAAACUGAUGGGGAAAAAAAAAAACACAUUUUAUAACGUAUAGUAUUUUUAAAAAGGUCCAUUCCUCUCAGACACGAGACAAGACACCUCUCAGCGUGGGUUUCCAUAUGGAUCCUUCAUAUGGUGACAUGAUGCCAAUCGUAGCACAACUGAGAAUACAUUUGGGAAUAAGACAACGACAAAGACUCAACAAGAAAAUCCUUGUUUCUCAGGGGCUGCCUAUGCGCAUACGUUGCUACUGCGCAAGUUAAUUAUAGCGUUCAAACAUUCCACAAUAAUUGCAGCCAUCCCUUAACUAAAAACAGAAAUGCCUGCCCCGGCCGAAACAGAUCACAACAACGAGAUUUCAACGAAAACACGGAAGCGCCAAUCCUCCCAAGCCACCUCACGGAGAUGGAUAUGGGGGGGGGUCAUCUCAUCCCAGCCGCCCCUAGAAUUCGAGCAGAGAUCGGCAACGUGACCCCCCCACACACCCACACACACACACGUUGUUUCGGUCGCCGUAACAAAGCACUGGAGGUUGCUACCCCAUUACAGCGGUUGUCAUAAAAGCAGGCGUCAUGUGGGAGAGGAGGGCAGAGGUGGUGGUGGGGGGAGGAGGAGGACGAGAGAGGGACCGGGAGAGUCAGCGGUGAUUGUGGGAGCCGAGGAAGCGAGGGUGGGGUGGCGUUCUCUCUCUCUCUCGUCCGUUUGUGGUGGUUGCGUGCGUUCGUGCGUUCGUUCGUUCGUGCUUUUGCCAAAAUAAGAAAUCGGAAGGUGCAGCCCGGAGCCCGCAAGCAGCCCCGCGGCACACGCUUCGCUCGGAGACGAAAUAUUCCAACGCCAAAAGCUGGGGUCGUAGCCCUGCGCCCGAGACUGAGCGACGCACCGCCCGACCGUCCGCGGGGAGCCCGCGGUGGCGGUGGGGCUGAGAAUCACGUCGCCAGGUUCUUUUUUCUUCCCCGGCUUCUAAUGCCGCGGGAGGGAGCGCUGACCCCGACUGUUGAUUGAAUGGAAAUAGCCUUAAGAAGUUAAUUCCAUUACGGGUGAGAGCGGGAGGAGAUUUGUUGGAAGCUUGCGCGAGCGACCUCCGUCCUCUUGACUCGACCACGUCUGUCACCGUUCGUCAGCUGGCAUCGUGCCGCUCUUUGAGCGCCGUGGGCUUCGACGCGUUUGUUUGGCGGCUCGCCGAUCUUUCGGCGUCCUUGGGAAGGAAGGAAGGAAGGCAUGGAUCCAGCCACGGGCAAAAUUCUUCAACAGCUUUAACGGGAGGUGCUGAAGACUUGAGAAGAGGGUUCUGCGGGCGGAUUCGAGAAGGUGUCGAGUAUUUUGGAGAAGAGGACGUGAAAGAGAGAGGAGAGGGAGAAGAGAGAGAGAAGAGAGAGCGAGAGUGAGGGGGAGAGCAUAAAACCGCGAAGAUGGGGCGGAAAAAAAUACAAAUAGCGAAAAUAAUGGACGAGAGAAACAGACAGGUGACGUUCACCAAGCGCAAGUUCGGCCUCAUGAAGAAGGCCUACGAGCUGAGCGUGCUGUGCAACUGCGAGAUCGCGCUCAUCAUCUUCAACAGCUCCAACAAGCUCUUCCAGUACGCGAGCACCGACAUGGACAAAGUGCUGCUCAAGUACACCGAGUACAGCGAGCCGCACGAGAGCCGCACCAACUCCGACAUCCUGGAGACGCUGCGCAAGAAGGGCAUGAACGGGUGCGAGAGCCCGGAGGGAGACGUGGAUGAGCUGCUCGGCCCGCACAGCCCCAUGGGACAGGACAAGUUCCUACGCGACGACGGAGACAUGGCGGGGAGGGCUGGAAUCCCUUCCCACGGUUUUCAGCUACCGCUGGGCAUGGGCUCCGGCGGGAGCAUGGGCUACGGGGUGACGGGGGGAGCGACGCUCUCCAGCCCCGGGAUACGACCCGCGAGCACGGGAAGCUUGCUCGGAGGAGACUUGACGGUGUUGACUGGUGCAGGCACCAGUCCUUUAGCAAACGGCUACCCUCAUCAGAGAGGGUCGCCGGGCAUUCUGGGCCCUGGUGGUCACGUGAUCCGGCCUGGGGGGGGCGGCCUGGCCGCCAAGAGCCCCCCCCUGCCGCAAGGGCACCCCCUGCGCAAGCCAGACCUGCGAGCGGUUGUGCCCCAGAGUUGCAAGAAUCCUGCUGGCAGCAUGAAUCAAAGGUUAACAAAUUCCCACGCUUUGCAAGCCUUGGUGACACCCAGCCAACUCAGCAGCUACCAACCAAACUACAGCACAGAAUACGCGCUGUCGAGCGCCGACCUGUCGGGUCUCACGGGGUUCAACUCUCCUGGCUCGUUAAGCAUCAGCUCCCUCUCCAACUGGCACCACCAGCAGGGCACCAACAUCAACCAGCUGCUGUCGUGCGGCUACCCGAGCGUCAAGUCGGAGCCGCUGUCUCCGUCGCGGGACCCCAUCUCGUCGGGCGGCGGUCCCGGCUACCCGGGGGCCGCCACCAUGCAGCGGCAGGACCCCCUGGGGCGUCCGAGCGAACGCCUGAGCCCCUACGAGGGGGGCGAGCCGGACGACCCCUGCGGCGGCACCGGGGGCGAUUACCUCAUGCCUGCCGGGAUGGGUCGGGCGGGGCAGCAUCAGCAGCAUCAGCAGCAGCAGCAGCAUCAUCAGCAACAGCAACAACAACAGCAGCAGCAGCAUCAUCAGCAGCAUCAUCAGCACCACCACCAUCAGCAGCAGCAGCAGCAGCAUGAGGCAAGCGGAGGGGAAGGGCCGUUGUUGAAGAGGGCGCGGCUCACGGAGAGUUGGGCGACGUAGGGCACCACGUGGCGUCGACGGAAACGGGGAAACCCCACGGCGGUCGUUAGCGGUAACAAACAAACAACAACAACAACAACGUUAGAAACAACGGCAACGCUUAUUUUAACCUCCCCGCCCUCCCCCGCAAAUUGAGAAAAAUUUCUAAUUUAAUGUAGUCGUAAUACUACUACUAAUAAUGGUAUAAGUAAA